CCUUCUGUUCUCAAGCUUCGAACAAUGCAGGCAGGUGGAGUAGUGAAAAUAAAAUGUUGAGGCUUCAUGCUUAGUUUCUCCCGUGUUCACGAACCACUAAACCUCCACAUGCAUGUCCCAGAGCAGAGCCACAGUCUUUGCUUGAUUAUCUGUUCUGGAGAGGAGCGCAAGACGCAGCCUGCAGAGUGUUUUUUAUCAGUGUCUGAUGAGGAGAGAAGUGAGUGAUGAGGAGAGAUAGAGAGCUGAGAUGACAGCUGUUUAAAGGUUAAAAACAGCAGGAAGAGGGAGCACAUGUGAAGCAGCAAAAGUCAAAGAAAACCAUCCAUCUGCUAAGAAUGAGUGAAACUCCAGUAGAGCAUGAGCUAUCAGUCCAGCCCUCGUCACAGCCAGAAUCUGGGAGGGGGCUCCAGCCUCCACCUCUGUUUCAGCUGCCACUCACCACCCAAGAACCCUCCGUCCCCCGUCAGCCUGCGCAGUUCCAGCUUGAUGUGCAGCUGUCAAACCUAGAGCACCAGCACCAAGCAAAGCCAGUGUGGAUAAAUCAUCGAAGGCUGCUUUUCCUCCUUUUUGGGUUCUCCUUAUGUUGUGCCAUUCUGGGACUUGUUUACUAUAUGCAUUAUAAUCGUCAACAUAGCAACAUCCAGACAGGCAAAGCGACUCCAUGUCUCUCCUCAGCCUGUCAGUGGGCCUCAGCCCAUCUGUCCAUAUCUCCUGAUCCUUUCACGCAGCCCUGCGAUUACUUCUUGUCCACGUGUGGAUCGGAUAUACUUUCACCAGACAAUGUGGGGAGGCAAAUGGGGCCGGGCAUCCCUGGACAUCCACAGAACCAUAAGGAAAAGGCUGUGUGGACAGAGAGGAGAGGUCAGAGUAAAGAGAGAGAAGAUAGAGGACUGAGAAAGGAGAAAAUACCGGACAGAAAAACUGCGCUGCUCCAGUAUCUCAGGGAGAUUUUGGAAUCAAACGACAGACCGGGCAGCACAGCAGUGCAAAAGGCCAAAAGAUUCUACCAUUCCUGUUUGGACACCAAAUCCAUGGACACAGCUGGAGCAGAGCCCUUCCUCGCACUCAUCCACAAACUCGGGGGCUGGGCAGUAUCGGGCCAGUGGAAUCGGACCGACUUUAACUCCACCCUGAGCCUGCUCAUGAGAGACUACGCCACCUUUCCAUUCUUCAACCUCUAUGUGGGCAAAGAUCCAAAUGAAAUUGCCCGCGGGACAACGAAAAGAUAUAUACAGAUUGAUCAGCCAGACCUGUUGAUCCCCAUCGAAUGGAACAGCAAGACACUGAAGUCUGAAGCUAAAACUCAGACACUACGUCCCUUCUUGGCAUCCUGUGAGAGCUACCUGGCAUUGUUGGGAGCCCCGCCCGGCAGCAGCAUGAUCCACGUGGGCACGUUCACCUCUCUGUCCUCUGAGCUCGCUGCGGCUGCUGCACCGCUGCACUAUCGCCAGUCAAAAGGACAGCUUUAUCAGCGCAUGACCAUCAGAGAGCUGCAGAACCGGGCCCCUGCCAUUGAUUGGCUGGGCUGCCUCCAGGCGGCUUUCCAUCCACUGCCACUCGUCGAAGACGAUCUUGUGCUUCUGCAUAACUCACCCUACAUCGUGCGAAUGUCCCUCAUCAUCGGCAAAUGGCUGAACAGGCAUGAGCUGAGCAACAGUGGUCCCGUUCAUACGUACAUGGUCCUUUAUCUGCUGCACACCCUGAUGCCUGCUCUAGGCUCCAGGUUUUCUGAAACAGCAAAGAAUUUGUCUGUGGCUCUGGGCAACAAUGAAGGGGUGAGUCGACACAGACAAAGCCUCCUGUACUUUGAGAUGACACCUGUGAGUUGGUGUGUUAAGUCUCGUGGGCCUCUUCACCAGGUAGCUGAUCGCUGGAAACACUGUGUAUUAGAGACCGAGAGAGGAUUUGACUUAGUUCUUAGCCACCUUGUCAGUAAAAGAACAGCGCACAGUGAGGCAGAGGAGAUUAUUCAAAAUAUAUUCUCCUCCUUCAAAUCCAAAUUGCAUGAACUCAAGUGGACAGAUCAGAAGUCUCUCCGGUUUGUCAUGAAGAAGGUUCAGUCUUUAAUUCCAAGACUUUGGACCACAAAGGAGAUCUCUAGUGAGGCUGAGCUCGACCUGCUUUUCUCCAAGGUGACAGUCGGCACAAAUAGCUUCUUCUCCAACUAUGUCCAGUUACUUUCCUUGUGGCAAAAGAGACGCAUUAAACUCUUGACUGAGAAGGCUGAGGCGGCUGAUAUUCUGUCUCUCACACCAUUUCUCCUGGGUGAUGAGCUCCUCUUUCCCAUGGGAAUGUUUAUCCCUCCUCUCUUCCAUCCUACCUAUCCUCGGGCAAUGAAUUAUGGUGUGAUGGGUUUCCUUAUCGCCAAAGAUAUCCUCCACCUGGUUUUACCUGAUAUUUACUCUCAGAGUGAGAUGGUGCAGGCUGUGGGGGAAUGUGUGUGGGCUCACUACCUCACUGUGACAGACAAAGCGGGCCGAGGCGGAGCGCUUUGUCUCUCCGCAGCGCAGCAGCAGGAGGUAUGGGUGCAGUAUUCUGCCCUGCAGAUAGCAUUGCAGGCUUAUCAUCAGAGUCUAAAGAACCAUCCGAGUGACACCUCCAUCUCAGGACUAUCACACACUCGUCUGUUUCUCACAUCUUUUUCACAGGUUCACUGUGUCUCAGACCCAUACAGCGAAGUUAUGCCCUUGGAGCCCUCAUUCCUAAUUACAGCGAUUUGUGCCAAAUCUGACCUCUGUCCCACAAGCCUGCAGUGCCCCAAUACAACCCAGCUGCAUUCAUUACAAACAUGCUGAGUACCACUCCUCGGGAGAACAGCAGGGGUCGUUUUUGUAUUUAUUGAUUAUUAUUAUUAUGGAUUUGUCUGACAAAACACUUAUAAAAAGCACACUGAUGUUUACAAAUGUUGUUACAAAUAUAGUUUAUUAUUACAUGUUGUUGGUGGGAUUUUGUACAGGUAAAUAAUCACCUGACAUUUAUUUUGUAUCAGUAGUUAAGAUAUGCUUGGAUUUCCAUAGAUUGUACACGCUGUUGCAUAUUCAUGUUAAUAAAAUAAACAUUUGAAAAACUA